AUGACUUCUGUCGCGGUCCGUUGUUCCGACGCUCAGUGCGGAAAGCCCUGUAACUCUGGUCUUAAAUGCCCUAUCUGCCUCAAGCAAGGCAUCGAUGCGCAGUUCUGUAACGAAGGCUGCUUCAAAAACAGCUACAAAGCGCACAAGGCCAUGCACUGGAAAGAUGACAAGCCAGACUCUUUCGAUCCGUUCCCUAAGUUCAAGUAUACCGGAAAACUGCGGGCCGCCUACCCACUGACGCCUAGGCGUGCCGUUCCAGACGAGAUCGAGAAGCCUGAGUGGGCUUACGAUGGGCUCCCUACGCAGGAGCAGCGCAACGACACCACAAACAAGAUCAUCAUCUACUCCAAAGACGAGAUCAAGAAGAUUCGUAAAGUGUGCAUGAUGGGCCGUGAGGUCCUUGACAUCGCCGCGGCUGCGGUCCGUCCUGGCGUGACAACCGAUGAGAUCGACCGCAUUGUGCACGAAGAAACGAUCAAACGUGGUGCAUACCCUUCGCCACUAAACUACUACAACUUCCCCAAGUCUGUGUGCACCUCCGUGAACGAGACCGUAUGCCACGGUAUCCCAGAUCAGACCGUGCUAAAAGAAGGCGACAUCGUGAAUCUUGAUGUUUCUUUGUUCUACCAAGGCUUCCACGCAGACCUGAAUGAAACUUAUUACGUUGGUGACAACAUCUCCAAAGAGGCCCUGAACACUGUCGAGACAGCGCGCGAGUGUCUGAAGUCCGCCAUCAAGCACUGCAAACCUGGAUCCACAUUUCAGGAACUUGGCGAUAUCAUAGAAAAGCACGCUAAAGACAAUAAGUGCUCAGUGGUCCGCACUUACUGUGGCCACGGUGUUGGUAAAUUCUUCCACUGCGCCCCCAGCAUCCCACACUAUGCCGGCAACCGUACAUCUGGUGUCAUGAAGCCCGGUAUGGUGUUCACCAUUGAGCCAAUGAUUAACGAGGGGGCUUGGCAAGAUAUCAGCUGGCCGGAUGACUGGACCGCGGCCACCAAGGACGGUAAGCUCAGCGCUCAAUUCGAGCACACACUGUUGGUCACUGAACACGGAGUUGAGAUUUUGACCGCCAGAAACAAGAAGUCGCCUGGUGGGCCCAGACAGCGCACAAAGUAA